UGACAUCUUAAUACAAAUUUUCUUUAAUUUGUUGCACAAAAUAAGACAUUUAUACGCGAAAUUGCUCACCUUUAAAGUAACAGUAUCAGAAUCUGAAUGACGUGCUAGCUUUACUUCGAACAGUAAGAUUGGAGAAAUCGAAAAACCAGGUUGUGUUUACAGUUCUUGUGUGAUUGGGGGCAAAUUAUCACCCAAUACAGGUAUUGCAUCAGAGCCAGGGUGCCAACUGACCCAGCCAUGUCGUCUGAGGUGAUCGCCAAGAGUGGUUGGUUGCUAAGACAGACCACUGUGCUGAAGAGAUGGAAGCGUGAGUUCUUCGUCCUGUAUGUCGAUGGCCAGCUGGCCCACUAUGAAGAUGAGAGAAAACUAGAGGUCAAAGGAAUGAUCAGCAUGAGAAAAGAAUGUCUGGGCAUCAAACUGGGCGGCAUGGUGAACGAUGUAACCGUGCCAGACGGGAGAUCGAGGGACGCGCUGCUCGCCAUCGUGACGAGAACCACCGCCAUGUUUGUGUGUGCGGACAACGCUGACGAUGCCGCUGUGUGGAAGUUUGCUCUUGAGGAGGCAAAGAUUGUUGAAAACCAGGAUUCCAGACCGUCCAGUGCUCCCCCACCUUACACAGAGAUGGUGUAUGAUGAUGGCAUGGGUGGACAGCCACUCUAUGGUGGACAGCCACUCUAUAACCCACCUCCAUAUGCAUACGCACAACCUGGACAAGUCUAUCUCAUAGAGAAUGGUCAAUACAUGUACACACAGCCCAAUGGUCAGACGAUCAUCAUCGACGAGCGCCGGCGUCACCGUGACGACGGUACAAACAUGGCCAUGGGGAUGUUGGCAGGCGCUGCCGUCGGCUCUCUCAUGUUCGCUCCCUUGUGUUGGUGGUGGUGAAGGCACAUCUAACCUGAUUGGCUCAUCACUAACUAUGUCUUACUCCUGAUUGGUUAAAGAGUCAAUGUCCUGACUAGCUAGUUGUAAGGUUUGGCAUGAUUGGUUGACUACUGGAGAAGUUUGUGCUAUCACUGUUGAUUGGUGGAUAACACAUCUAUUCCAACACAGCCUUUGUAACAGGAUAUGUGAUUGGUUCACAUCAUAUAUAGGUCUAUAUACAUAAGAAUACAAAUUAUGACAAAAUCUCUAUCUGUAAAUAAGAGGCUCCAAAUAUAUAUAUACUACUGGCUGAAAUUUAUGAUAGAUAUAUUGAUAUGUCAAAUGCUUGCCAUAAGUUUUGUUUUCUGCAAGUUAUGCAUACUUAUUUUACCUUUCUGUCUAAUGCUUUACCUGACUGUUUAUUUUCAGACUAUCCAUGGCCAUUGUGUGUUGUGCAGUAGCACACAUUACCAGUCGCUUGCUUCUGCUAGUAUUCACUUCAACAUUUAUUAGCAGUCACCAGAAAUAUUGCAUUCUUUCAAUCACUACAUUUCAAAUCUUUACUUUUUAUCAGCUACAGUGAGCUAAAACCAAUAGGAAAUAUCAAAGCACUUGUCGCCCUCAACCUGACGCUAUCAAAUGCUCUCUAGACUCUAGCUCUACAAGGCAGAAAAAUUUCCUAUUCCAAGUACUCAAGAUGGUAGAACUGUUAACAUGUUAAACAAUCAUGUUCAAAAUACAGUUGUACAUUGUCAUUGCAGCUCUUUUUGAUUGUAGAUAGUACAAUGUGUACUUCUCUGCAAGGCUUUGUAUUUCAAAAGUAAAAGUAUGUAGAUGCCUUUUAGAUGCAUUUCAGCAGUAAGCAAAAAUGGGUUACGUUAUGUCAAAUUUUAUCUGUCAGAAAUAAGAACACCAUAGUUACUCUUGUAAGUAAAGGGUGAAAAAUGUAUUUGUAAAUAGACAAAGUAGGCAUUACACAUAAGCUUGCUUUGUUGCUUAAUACAGUAUUAUAUGCAUGUGGAAAUAGGUCCAGGGUAAUGUGGGAAUAAGGGGUAAAACUUCCGCUCAGAGUUUAUUGACGUGAUUUUGGUUUAUCUUCAAUGCUCACAAUUUGAUUGUUUAGUAAAACACUGUGGGUAGGGAAUUAAAACAUUCAACUUAUACAGUUGAAUCAUACAGAAAUGUCUUACAGUACCUGUUGUUGGAAUUCUAGGAGAAUAAUACUUGUUGCUUUCAAGCUCAUUCCAUUGUAUUAUAUGCUAUCAUGUAUGUACAAAAUAUUGAUUGAGAGUUAAAGAGCAAGCUAGCAAUAUACUUGAAAAAUAUCAUAUAAAUGAAAAGAAAAAUGAAGAAUGAAAACACAAAAAUAUGUCAGUACCCUUGUUCAAUCACAGCUGCAUGUACAGAUGUUAGUGCAUGACUUUACAGGGGAGAAAUGUUGCAUGCAUUUUACUAGUAAUCCUUGGUGUGAAAAGUUAAGUAUCAACACCAAGUCUUUCCUUUCUA